CUUUCUGGAAGUUUGUGAAAUCAUAUCCAGAUGGUUUUUGUGCAGAGAGGCAAAACAGCCUGAAAAGAAUGGGGGCAGGGUUAGGAGAGGACUUCUGCCAGGUUGCAUUUGCUUGGAUACACAGGCAGGAGAGGGAUACGUAGAGUUAUACAUUGACUUGUAUUUUGACCAGCAGCUCAGCAGGACAGUUCACUGAUUGGAACCUGGAUUAUUUUUGGUACGAGUGAGAAGUCACAGAGGAAUGAGUGAUGGGGUCAUAUCCAGCCCUGGCAUUCCUCCUGCUUUUUUCAGCCACCCUGUCCUCGCGUUGCGAUGGUGGAAAAGUGCUGGUUUACCCUAUAGACGGGAGCCACUGGCUCAACAUGAAAAUCCUGGUGGAGGCGCUUCACUCACAGGGCCAUCAAAUCACGGUGGUGCGUUCCUCCACCAGCUGGUACGUUUCGGAAUUCUCACCCCAUUACACCUCCAUCACCGUCACCCAGGAGCAGACCCAAAACCUAGAGAGCCAAGACUUCAUGACGUCUUUUUUGAAGAGGUCAAUAGAAAUCCGUCGGAAUAAAGGCACACUGUGGGCAUUCGUGGAAUUUUAUAAGAAUCUCUUCAACAUGAUGGGGGAGAAUCAGAAAGUUGUGGCAAAAAUGAUCGUCAGCAUCUUUGAGAAUAAGACACUCAUCAAGGAGCUGAAAGAAGCUGGAUAUGACCUUUUUCUGACUGACCCGGCAUUCCCGGGUGGAGUGCUGUUGGCACACUAUCUCCGGCUUCCCUUGGUUUUCAACGUGCGCUGGCUUUUCAAUGGCGAGGCCCACUUCGCCAUCGCUCCUUCUCCUCUUUCCUACGUCCCCCAUUUGUUCACCGACAACUCUGACAAGAUGGAUUUUUUCCAAAGAAUCAACAAUAUGAUUCGUCACAGCAUUUUGGUUUACAUGUACUACUUUGUCUCAAAUCCACCGUACCAGGCCGUGUGUGACCAGUACUUCGGACCCGAUGUCAGCGUCAUGUCUCUCAUGCAGGGUGCUGAUCUCUGGCUAAUGAGGGUGGACUUCAUAUUCGAGUAUCCCCGCCCCAGCAUGCCCAAUGUCGUUUACAUCGGAGGCUUCCAAGGUAAGCCCUCCGAGCCUCUUUCCUCAGAUUUGGAGGACUUUGUGCAGAGUUCCGGUGACCACGGCGUGGUCGUCAUGACCCUGGGGACCCUGCUGAGCGACCUUGGCCCUGAGAUAUCGGAGAUCCUCGCCUCGGCAUUUGCCAACCUCCCUCAGAAGGUCGUGUGGCGACACAUCGGGAGAAGGCCGAUCAAUCUGGGAAACAACACCAUGUUGGUUGAGUGGCUGCCUCAAAACGAUCUACUGGGUCACCCUAAGACCAAGGUGUUUGUCACGCACGGGGGCACCAACGGGAUUUACGAGGCCCUUUACCACGGCGUGCCAGUUCUGGGCAUCCCGCUCAUCUUUGACCAGUACGACAACAUGGUGCGCCUGAAGUCCCGGGGAGUGGCUGAGAUCGUUGAAGUCACAACGUUGGCCGUUGACUCUCUGACGAGUUCACUGAAGAACAUUCUGGAUCCGCAGAAGCCCUACAAGCAGAAUAUGCUCAAACUGUCACGGCUUCACCACGACAAACCGAUGAAACCCAUAGACAGCGCCCUUUUCUGGAUUGAGUUUGUCAUGAGGCACAAGGGUGCAGCGCAUCUGCGCACUGAGUCGUACAAAUUGCCGUGGUACGCCUACCACUGUCUAGAUGUGAUAGCCGUCUUUGCAUUGAUUGCUGUGCUGAUCGUGGCUUUGGUUUGGGUUUCCUUUAGAUAUGUCAUCAAGUGUUUGUUAAGAGCCAAGAACACCACAGCCAAGUACAAGGAUGACUAGAUAAGUUCACGAGGAUGCCGGAUGGAGACUGUUUGAAGCACUGCAGUCUGAACUGCAGAGAUUAUAAUAAAAUCAAUGUGCAUAAUCUCCACUAUGCACGAGUGCUUGGUCCACACGGCUCAUUAUUCCCCUGAGAAGCUUUAGAUAAGAAUCUUUACAGCAUAUGAAUAUGCUCUCUUGCAGAGAUUACCUUCUAUUAAAGAUAUUGUUUAAAAAACAAUAUGGCCAUGAACAGACCGUGAACAUAAUUUGUUAAAUGUCAUUUGUUUUCCUUCCAUUGUGACCCUUUUUGACAUGAAGGCACAAUUUAAAAACAUUUUAGCACGCAGGAAAGGGUCAGGAUGUGUUCACAUGACUGCUCCUGCGUGUGAUUGUGUGGCUAAAGCCAAUGGCUUUGAGCUGCGGUUUUUAACCUCGGCAGUAAUUAAUAAAAAUA